AUGGUAUCAAAUAUAGCAUUUACUUUGGCUGCCAUUAUUUGGUUGUUUUACCGCCUUUGCCUGUUUCUAAACAUACCCGUGUUAACCGUUGUGAAAUCUUUGAACGUUGUUAUCCCGCAUGCUACUAAGAUCUCAAUUGAUGGAAUUACAGCUAAUUGCAUAACAUUUCGUUGGGAAAAUGAACCAAGAACGAGUAUUGAUGGUACGUCUGUCUCGAACUAUACUGUUUACUUAAAUGGUCUGAAAAUAGGUACAUUCCCUAAUAGACCAGAAUCGCUCUUUACAUCAUGUUCUUUGAGAAAUCUGGCACCUCUUACACGAUAUCGGAUAGACGUUAUUACAGUCAGCGAAGAUGGAUUUACAAAUAAUCUACCUUCAUUGUAUGUCACAACUAGUGCUGAUGAUGUUGGGGCUCCCCAGUAUAACGGCCACUGUGUAUAUACCGAACAAGGUAAUAUCUCGAAAGACAUCGGGUUCCCUGCCACAAGAACAAUGUUUGAUGAAAAGGAACAACAAUGUUGUAUGAAUGCAGCGAAAGCUGUUAUUCCAAACACUGAUGCUAUAUCGGUAUUAUCCUGUUCAUUUACUUCAAUGCAGUGCUUAGAAAGGCUUUCGAAUGAUGCUCUUAAACAGAUAUUGGCCCAAACGCAACUCCAGCUUUGUGAUGUGUUGAAACAACAAAAGAGUAUCGUAGAUGAAUUUGAAGUAACGAAGGAGCGCCUGCAAUUGGAUUUAGAUGAAAUCAAGUUACAAUGGAGUCAAGAAACAGAUUUGCGAAAAUCAUUAAAAGCCAAGUUGAAAACUAUAGUGAACUCCAAAGCACUAUGUGAAUUGAAGAGAGAGAAGCUGAUAAAAGCAGUAGAAUUAUGCAAUAAUAAACUUGAGAAAAUGAGAGCAGAAAUGGAACAUUGGGCCUUUGAAAGCAAAGAAAAAUAUGACUUGAAUGCUCUAACAGAAUCCUAUACACUUGAAAUGAACAAAGUUCUUCACCAAAUUCGGUCAUUGGAUGGCCAGUUGGAAGAAUUACAACGAGAGAUAUCAUACAUUGACGAAAAAAAUAAGAAACUAGUUCAAUUGAGAAGGAUUUUGGAUACUAUGAACGAUAACCAGAAUUCUAGUACAAAGUUUAAUUGGCAUGCGCUAACAAAAAAGAUAAACGAAUUUAACAAGAAUGAACCGUUUUCUAAUUACAGUUCAAAGUUUUUAUCGAAUUUCCCUGUGGAUAUUCCAUUGGUUCAGUUAAUAAAAGAAGAAGAUGAAAGGGACACAAUGUUGGCAUUAGAGUGGCGAUCUCGGAGAAUUAAAUAUAUUAGGCGUAUCGAAUAUUUGGAACAGAUGUGGGAAAGGGUUAACUUGACAAACAACCAAUACAAAAGCGCAAUGAGAUUGCAACGUUGUCAAGCACUUACUCCUCAACUUCCUAACGAAGCGAACUCUAAUCCAAAUUCCAAUGCCAUCCCUAUAGUAAUGACUCCGAAACUUAUGCUACACGACCCUCCCACUUAUUCUGAACCAGAUCAGUUAUCUCCGCUAUUAAUACAAACAGUAACAAAUGCAUUUCCUAAUCCCACGGCCACCUAUUCAACCUGGUCCCAACACAAACAACAGCAAACUUCACCAUAUAGUUAUGCAGAAGAGGAUGAGGUAUCAUUUGAAUAUGAAGAUGCGAAUCAUUUACUAUCUGGACUUCAAAGCAUUAUAUCAGAAGCAGAUUCUCAUAACAAUUGCAUUUCCACUUCAAAAGUUUUCACUAAUGAUGAAUUGGAUAACUACUGGGCCCAAACGAAUAGUGGUAUAGACAACAGAUUUCUAAAGAAUGCUACAAAUGAUUUGGUUUCUAACACCCUAGAACCCCCGAUGCAGCAGCCAAAACCUAUAUCUGUUAUUAAUGCAAAAACAUUGUUAUCUCCCGGAAAUUCUCGGUCACAUGGUACAACUGCCCAAAGCUUGCUUGCUUCCAUGAACGACAAUGUCCCAUCGCUUACCAAAGAUAUUCCGACUACCAUCACUGGUGGAAACAUGGACGACCUAGGAUCGUUUAGUUCAAACUUACAGCAAACCAUAUCUCACAAUAGCCCAUUAGUCUCUCCAAUAAGGGAGCCAAUACUUCCCACAGAUACAGGCUUCCAUUCGCCUAAUUUUAAUAUUUGGCACAACACGCAUAUUCCUGGAACCCCUGGGUACUACGUGUCAGUCGAAAACUCUCAGGGACACUUGGAAUUACCACCCGACCAGCAUAACAUGCCGCCGCCAUUAUGGUCAUUUAACCACCUUCUAGAUCACCCUCUUACUUCCAGCAACAGUGAAGAAAUGGAUGGCAAUGAAAAUAACAAUCCGAGCGCCUCAAUUGCGAAUCUGAAUUUUGAAUAG